GUGGACGUCUACGUUCUCGAGUCGGUUUAUCGAGGAGAUUACUCACCGGACUGGCAAUUUCAAAUCGUUCGGGGUCUUCGCGCAAAUGCUAUUCGACGCGUUGCUUGAUACGAGUCAGCAUGAGGCUAGCUUGUUGUACAGAGGACGAGAUCUCGAGCUUUUGCGACAUCGUAAUGGUGGCGGUGGUGGAGUGCCGCAGUCCACAACGAGGUCGUUGCCGGAUUCGGAAGCUAAACGAUAUCUUAUCCUCACGUACCAG